CGCCUCCAUGAAAUUUUCGGGGCCUGCGCAUUUCCCCUCAUCACCAACGAACAUUUCAGCACAGUCACAACGAACAUCACAUCACAGCACUACAAAAAAAAAUACAAGCAUUACGCACGCUGCGCUGCACCUCAUUACAGAGCGGAGCACUGAAUAUACUGGGGCUAUAACUGAGCCCUACAGCGUCUCCAGUCGCUGUUUAUUACCUUAGGUAGUUCCCUGUGGAGGUCCCCGGACUGUCCAAGGCGCGCCCUUUUCAGUCAAGGAUCCAGGCCACCACCCACCCAACAGUGCAUUGAAACGCCAGCCAGGCAGUUUUCACAGGCCACGGCACACCUACAGUAGUGGAUUUCAGUACGGUCCGCCCGGAACUCGAGAGAUCUUGAUAGAGAUUUCGGUGCGAAAUCGGGAUUUGGGAGAGCACUCCACAACAUAGGAGCCUCCCAUAAUAGUUUAGCUUUUGAGCCGAGCUGUUCUUAUUAAACUGUCUCGGCCUUUCCUGACACUUGAAUUGGGAUCAAAGCUUGUCCUCCAAUUAAAUUAUUCUUGUGUUUCUUCCCUCUUCUACACGUCAAACCCCGCAUAAGGGUUUCAUCCAGCAAAAUGCCGGCCAUGCUGGACGAUCCGGCGAGCCCCACUAUCUACCGAGUCUCCGGUCAGCCUCCGUAUCCGGAUCCGAACAACCCCGGGCUUCCGGCCGAAAUGACCCCUAGGCAGGUCACGCUCCGUGAUCGCCAGACCGUGGCCACUAUUGUUCCGUUUUCCUCGAAACAUCAGGUUCCCGAGUCACUGAUCGCCUACUUAUGUGAUCAGAUCAACAAGGAAAUUGAAGGCGGCGAUACAUAUCCCAUGAUGGAUCCCUUCGCCGCCGACAAGUUCGGUUCCUACUGGUUCCAGAACUUUGGCGCCAUCAUGCUCCUUGGAGAUGUUGAACGUGCUGAGGAUGUUGUAGAAGGCAAAGAUUGGUCCCGGGAAUGUCUCGGCAGCUUCUAUAUCAAGCCUAACUAUCCCGGCCGCAGCAGCCAUGUGUGCAACGCCGGGUUCCUUGUCACCGAUGCCUCGCGUAACCGCGGUGUCGGUCGUCUCAUGGGUGAGGCGUACCUUGACUGGGCACCUAAGUUGGGUUAUACGUAUAGCGUCUUCAACCUGGUGUACGAGACAAACGUUGCAUCAUGCCGUAUCUGGGAUGCGCUCGGCUUCAAGCGCAUCGGUCGAGUCAAGGGUUGUGGAAACCUUCGCAGCUAUCCCAACCAGCUGAUUGAUGCCAUCAUUUAUGGGCGGGAUUUGUCACCGCGCGAAAGCGAGGAACUCGUGAGUGAAGAGCGUUUCGACAAGAUCAAGUUCUACCUCAAGUACGGCGAGUACCCGAACGGCGCUGACCGCGCUGAGAAAAGCAGGCUCCGCAGCGCAGCGACGCAUUAUAAGCUCCUCGACGGAGACAAGCUCAUGCUCAAGGAUAAGGAGGUUAUAUCCGAUCCCGCCCGUCAGUUCGAUGUUGCUCGUCAAGUUCAUGUUCAGCAGCACGGGGGUAUCAACAAAACUACCGCUACUAUUGCAGAGAAGUACCACUGGAGCCGUAUCAAAGAAACAGUCAGCGAUGUGAUUCGCAGUUGUGUGGAGUGCAAAGAGCUAGGCAAGACACCUAACCCUGGCGGUGCGAGAAAGGCAGCCUGCUCGAAUAAUCAUGCGGGAGGGAGGAGAGGUGGUGCAAACACAGGUGACCAUCAUGCGCAGCCGACGAGUCCUCCCCCUGCCCAAAUGUUACCACUGCAAGAGCACAACAUGAUGCCGACAAUUUCCCACCAGAGUCCAGAUCACGAUCAUUCACCAAGUCCCUAUGCUAACCCAGCCGAUAUCUCUCUCAUUGCACCUCCUCACGCUCUUCAAGGCAGCUCAAUGGAACAUACGCUUCACUCACACAGUCCCAUGCUAGAAGACCCUCCCACUGGCCACCACCCACAUGAUCACAAUGUAUACCAACCGAUCGACCCGCAGAUCAUCAACGAAGCUUCUCAUGACCUUGGCCCCUUUGAUCAAUAUCAUUCGCCCGCUGACUUCCAAGCAUUGCUCAAUGCGACUGAAGAUGUUGGUCCUGACGUUGUGGACAGAGAUUUGGAGAUGUUGAUAGAACAUCAAGACGAUGACAAUUUGAUGGACGGGACGAAUGGUAUGGAUGGUAUGGGUGGCAUAGGCGUGGGUGUCGGUGUUGGCGCAGACAAUCACGGGCUUGUCCAUAAGGAAAGGGGUCUGUAUGAUGUUGGCUUUGAAGGGCCAGGGGGGUAGUCAGAGGUGACUUUGUGAUGCUGUCCUAUUGAUUUGAAGCAUGAAGCGGGCGCUCCUGGAUAUAAUUACAUUUCUCUAUCAAUGAGCAUGAGCUUGCGUUUCCCAUAUGAAUACUAAGUUUCGGUUUGUGUCUAUUGAUCUCGA